AUGUCUCCCACAACCGACCCAGACGCAGACGCGGCCUCACUGACCCCGACCGCCGUCUCCUGUCCAGCCAAAGUGCUAGUCGCCGGUGGCUAUCUCGUCCUCGACCGCGCUUACACGGGCCUCGUGUUCGGCCUCGACGCACGGAUACACUCUGUCGUCGAGCCAAUCAAGACACGCUCUGGCGUCACCAUUACCGGCAUCGUCGUGACCAGUCCGCAGUUUCGUGAGGCGAUUUGGGAGUAUGGGUAUAGGUCGCUGGGGGAGGAGGGUGGGAUUGCCGUGACACAGUUGAGUGUCGGCCACGAACAAUCAAUCUCCGCCUCCAAAAACCCCUUCAUCGAAACCGCCCUCGCCUACGCCCUAACCUACAUCUUCACCCUCCUCCCCAACAACCUCAUCCGCCCCUCCAACAUCCGCAUCCUCGCCGACCAAGCCUACUACUCCAACCCCGGCCAACCACGCACCACCACCACCUCCUCCUCCAACCCCAGCCGCUUCCCCGACUUCACCGUCCCCCUCCGCGACGCCCACAAAACCGGUCUCGGCUCCUCCGCCGCCCUCGUAACCUCCUUCACCGCCGCCCUCCUCUCCUUCUACCUCCCACCCUCCCUCUUCGACCUCAACACCCCCCAAGGCCAAACCAUCCUCCACAACCUCGCCCAAGCCAGCCACUCCCACGCCCAAGGCAAAGUCGGUUCCGGCUUCGACAUCGCCAGCGCCGUCUACGGCUCCUGUCUCUACAAGCGCUUCUCCCCCUCCCUACUCAGUACACUACCCGCCCCCGGCACCCCAGGCUUCGCCCGCAACCUCAAGACGCUGGUCGAGGGCCCCGCCUGGGACACAGAGAUCCACAAGGCGGCAAUCCAGAUGCCCCGCCAUCUACGCCUGGUCAUGUGUGACGUCGACUGCGGGAGCGAGACGCCUAGCAUGGUGAAGAAGGUUCUCGCCUGGCGCUCAGCGCACAGGGAAGCCGCAGACACACUCUGGAGCAACUUGCAAGCGGGAAACGAGGCCUUGGCCAAGGAACUCACGCGCCUGGCGCAGAGCCCCGAGCCAGACGAGACGCGGUACGAAACGCUGAGGACGAUUAUCAAGAGCAAUCGCAGUCUGAUCAGGGAAAUGGGACAGCAGUCUGGUGUCCCGAUGGAGCCGAGGCAGCAGACCAGGUUGCUGGAUUACUGCUCGGAGUUGGAAGGGGUGGUUGGCGGCGUGGUGCCCGGUGCAGGUGGCUUCGAUGCUGUUGUCCUGCUGGUCGAGGAUAAGCAGGACGUCCUUGCCAAACUCAAGACUGCACUCGAACAGUACAGAGACGAGGAUGAUGCGGAUGCGCCCGGGGGAGUGAAGAUUGGUAAAGUAGGAAUUAUUGGCGUGAGGGAGGAAAUGGUGGGUGUGAGGCAGGAAGACUUGGGUUUGUACUCGGAGUGGGAAUCUUCUUCCUGA